UGCUGCUGACGUUGGUGCUGUACAAAGUGACGAUGGCGUUCACAGAUCAGUCCCUCCUGGACCUGACAGAUAAAGAAACCAGGGAGAAACUGUCGCUGUGGGACCGCCGCACUGAUGCCAUGGCCCCCCUCACGGAGAAACAAAUGGACUCUGUCCUGGAGAUCCGAGCCGCGGCUGAAACGCUUUCUGUCCCGGCAGAGUUGCCCAUUGAGGACUUGUGCAGCCUUUCGUCUCGGUCCUUGCAGUCCUCUUUCACAGCCACUGUCCCCGCAUCAACAGAGGACGUCCUGCUGAAAGGUUUCCAGUCGCUGGAUAUGGAGGAUGACAGGAUAGAAACAGCACAACAGUUUUUUGCGUGGUUCGCCAAGUUACAGGGAAACAUGGACCAGGAGGAGAGCGAGAAACACAGGAAAACAAGAGAUGAUCUAAACUGCUACAGGGAACAGUGUGAUGCUAUUCUAAAGGAUUGCUGUGCUGCUCUGGAGCAUUUGGACUCUCUUCAGAAACAGUAUCUGUUUGUGUCCGAUAAGACUGGCACCCUUCAUGAGGCCUGUGAACAGCUCCUUAAAGAACAGUCGGAGCUGGUUGACCUGGCGGAGAGCAUCCAGCAGAAACUGUCAUAUUUUAACGAGUUAGAAAACAUAAACACGAAACUGAACUCACCAACCUUGUCUGUAAAUAGCGAAGGCUUUAUACCGAUGCUUUCAAAACUGGAUGACUGCAUUGAAUAUGUUUCUUCUCAUCCAAAUUUCAAAGACUAUCCGGUUUAUUUAGCCAAGUUUAAACAAUGUCUAUCUAAAGCUAUGCACUUCAUGAAGAUCUACAUCGUAAACACUAUGCAGAAUCUUACAAACCAGUUAACAAAAAGGGACCCAAUGGGCUUGACCAACGCAGACAAUGCCUUUACACUUUACUAUGUUAAAUUCAGAGCAGCUGCACCGAAAGUCAGAACGUUGAUCGAGCAGAUAGAGCAGCGAGCAGAGAAGAUUCCUGAAUACCAACAGCUCCUUGAUGAAAUCCAUCAGUGCUACCUGGACCAGAGAGAGCAGCUCCUCAGUCCCAGCAUCACGUCUACUAUCACUGAUCUGACCAACCAAAACAGCAAAGACCACUGCGCUCUGGUUCGCAGUGGCUGUGCUUUUAUGGUUCAUGUAUGCCAGGAUGAACACCAACUGUACAAUGAGUUCUUCUCCAAACCUACACCCAAACUAGACGAGCUGCUGGAGAAGUUAUGUUUGUCCCUGUAUGAUGUCCUCCGGCCUCUCAUCAUCCACAUCAUCCACUUGGAAACGCUGUCUGAGCUCUGCAGUAUCCUCAAGAAUGAGAUGCUGGAAGACCAUGUUCAUAACAACGCUACUCAGUUGGGAGCCUUUGAUGCGGUGGUGAAGCAGAUGCUGGAGGACGUCCAAGAGAGGCUGGUCUACAGAACUCACAUUUACAUCCAGACUGACAUCACAGGCUACAAACCGGCUCCAGGGGAUCUGGCCUAUCCUGAGAAACUGGAGAUGAUGGAAAGAAUUGCUCAGAGCUUGAAGGAGGAGCAGAUGAAGCAGAUGUCACAGGAGUCCAUGUUUUCUGAUGUUCAGCUUGAAGAUCCUGAUGGUAGAAGGAACAGUAAUGCUGAAGCAACAAGCUUACAGACAUCUAUCUCUCCUGCUGAUCUGCACGGCAUGUGGUACCCUACUGUCAGACGAACGCUGGUUUGUCUGUCCAAACUCUACAGAUGCAUAGAUAGAGCAGUCUUCCAGGGUUUAUCUCAAGAAGCCUUAUCUGCCUGCAUCCAGUCCCUGCUUAAAGCCUCAGAUAUCAUCCUUAAAAACAAGACGCAAAUAGAUGGGCAACUUUUCCUGAUCAAGCACCUGCUGAUAAUGCGCGAACAGAUUGCCCCAUUUCACACCGAUUUUGCCAUCAAGGAAAUCUCACUGGACCUGAAGAAAACGCGAGAUGCUGCCUUCAAAAUCCUCAACCCCAAGGCUGUUCCCAAAUUCUUCCGUCUUAACAGCCACAACGCCAUACUUGAAUUCCUGUUGGAGGGGACUCCGGAGAUAAAGGAGCACUACAUUGACUCAAAGAAGGACGUAGACCGACACCUGAAGUUCAGCUGUGAGCAGUUCAUCCAGCAGCAGACUCAGAUCUUUGUGGGGAACCUUGAGGAGUUUCUCACCAAGGUUGCAGCUCUCAAAACUAUGGCGAUCCAAGGUGGUCCCACUUACAGCCUGUCUCAGCAACCUUGGGCACAGCCAGCAAAGAUCAACGAUAUAGUGAUGGCUACCUACCGGGUGAUGAAGAGCAAGCUGCCAAGCACUUUACAAAGCAUGUCCUUGUACUUAGCCAACAGAGACACGGAGUUCAUCCUUUUCAAGCCUGUCCGGAAUAACAUCCAGCAGGUAUUCCAAAGACUGCAUGCCUUGCUUCAGGAGGAAUACAGCGGAGAAGACCUUCAAAUCAUCGCCUGUCCAUCUCUGGAGCAGAUUAACCUGCUGCUGUCUGUGAAUAAGUAAUGUGCAAGUUUGGCGACGCUGGCGCACAUCUUAUGGACAGGGCUGUUACAACUCCAACCAUAACUGGGAGCCGUGAGGCUGAGUAGGCGAAGAUGACCACAAAUCUGCACCCGAGCUGCGAGCUGGGCUAGAAGCGCUGAAGUGAUGGUGAUUAAAAAAAGAUCCCGCACAAGGCCAAAGACUCUGACAGAGGCUCAAGUAGCUGCUGGUGUGUCGAGGUUCAGGUAUUCAUCUCCAAGUCCAUAACAAACCAGGAAGCUGAGGGUGUUAUUUUGGGGUACUGAGUUCAAUUUGUUUGAAGGUGAUGUUAUGGUGAGGGUUGUUUUCAUGUAGGAGAAAUCCAUUUUCAACAAGGGUGGAUUUGUGCAUCGCUCUUAACACCAAAUUGGUUUGAAUUAAAAGAAUUUGGGCACUGUGCGGGAUGAAUAAUAUGAAGAGUGUUCACACAAGGACACUUUGGGUGCGCAAAUAGAGCCACUAAAGGGUUGUUCAUCAGCCAGGUAGCUAAUGGCCAGUAAAAAGGUGGGCUUGCAUUCAGAUGCCUGGAGUAGAUUUCCUCGAUGAGUUUGAAGGAGAAAAAUGCUGCAAAAUAUUUUAUUCCUCUAUUUUAAAAUGAAACAACUCCAUGGUGGUGACAGGACGCUGAACUGGCUUUCUUCUCUGAUCAUAACAAAACCUACAAAAUGAUUCUUUCAUGACCUUCCUUUGAAUGUUUUUGUUAUUCUGCUGCAAAUAUGUAAAGUAAUACAAUGAAAUCUUAUGUUUUAUACUUUUUUAUUAAACCUAAUAGACUGUUACUCUGGAUAAAUAAUGGAUGGUUGACCUUGACAGUUUUGCACUGUGUACUACAUGAUUUAUGGGUUUGCUUCCUCAGAGUAACAAAGUUAAAGGACACUGUAAUAUUUGCUUUAAUGUGUCUAGUGUAAAUUGAUAUGUACAGUUCUAUUUAUGAGCAUUGCGAUUAAAAAAAAGGUUAAUGAA